AUGUCUGUCCCCGCCUUCUCCGACAUUGCCAAGCCGGCCAACGAUCUCCUCAACAAGGACUUCUACCACCUCUCGGCCACCACCUUCGAGUUCAAGGAUACCGCCCCCAACGGCGUUGCCUUCAAGGUCACUGGCAAGUCCAGCCACGAGAAGGCCACCUCUGCUGCUAUUGAGGGAAAAUACACCGACAAGCCUACCGGUACGACACCGUCAUCUCUUUCAUCGUCGUCUUCUUUUUCACCAUCUCCGUCUCCGUCACCACCGCCCAUAUUCAAGCGCAAGCCCCCGCGCAGAAAAUCAAAUCUUCCCACCCUCAGCCUCUCGCGAAUCCUUGGGCCCGCAACCGGCUGGCCGAUCGGAUUCUCGACGCUGCUCCAACCCGGCUAUGCUCAGCUGCUAAUGUUCUACUCGCACGCAGGCCUGACCCUCACCCAGACCUGGAACACUGCCAACGCCCUCGACACCAAGAUCGAGGUCUCCGACUCCCUCGCCAAGGGCCUCAAGCUCGAGGGUCUCUUCAACUUCCUCCCUGCCACUGCUGCCAAGGGUGCUAAGUUCAACCUUCACUUCAAGCAGCCCGGCUUCCACGGCCGUGCCUUCUUCGACCUCCUCAAGGGCCCCGUUGCUAACGUCGAUGCCGUUGUCGGCCACGAGGGUUUCCUCGCCGGUGCCAGCGCUGGCUAUGAUGCCAACAAGGCUGCCCUGACUGCCUACAGCGCCGCCGUCGGCUACGCUGCUCCCCAGUACAGCGCUGCCAUCACUGCCUCUGACAACCUCAGCGUCUUCGCUGCCUCUUACUACCACAAGGUCAACUCCCAGGUCGAGGCCGGUGCCAAGGCUACCUGGAACUCCAAGACCGGCAACACUGUCGGCCUCGAGGUUGCCAGCAAGUACCGCAUCGACCCCGUCUCCUUCGCCAAGGUCAAGAUCAACGACCGGGGUAUUGCUGCCCUUGCCUACAACGUCCUCCUCCGCGAGGGUGUUACCCUGGGUCUCGGUGGCUCCUUCGACACCCAGAAGCUCGACCAGGCUACCCACAAGCUCGGUGCCAGCUUCACCUUCGAGGGUUAA